AUGGCCUCGAUGGGUGCGGUCUUCACGUCGUUGGCGGCGCUGCCUAUUCUGGGGCUGGUCUCCAUUCCGCUGAUUAUAUCCGCGUGGAUAACCAUCUCUUUAGCACUGAUCACCCUGCUCGUACGAUUUUCCGUGGUCUAUCUGGAAGUGGGAUACGGUCUCUUCCUCAGUUUCUUUACACUUCCAACGUCGAGUUCGUCAUUCCUGCCAUUUGCUGCGUCCGAACCCGUUACACCCGCUGCUGGGAACUCGAGACGUAACUCGGCGCAUGGCCUGAUCCAAUCUCGAAAGAACAAUGAGGAUUCUCUCUUGUCCGGGGCAUUCACCGCGAUCCACGAUGAUCACACGAAUCAUAGGAAGAAAUCUUAUGCACGGAGUAUGAUUGAAGCGCACCACUUGCCAAACACGCCGUUCCUUGGAUUACCAGUCAGUGGUGAUGCACGUCGAGACUUUGAAGGCGUGGGCGGUUGGCGCUCAUACCGGAAUCCACCGCAUCUUUCGAGACCCCGUACGUCUCAUUCGGCGCACGAACAGCCUUUCAGCUCUCCAUCCUCUUCGUCUGCACAUAGUAUCAACGGCGAGGGUGAAGUGGAGAAUGGCGUCGAUGCCGAUGAACUUGCAUGGCUAUCAUUGAAUUAUCGCCUGGAAUUGCCCUCACAAGUUGUGACGCUAGGAGCCGGAUCAAAUCCAGCUUCUACCUUGAACAGCCCGCCCAAUUUGGAAUUCACCGAUACCCGUAAUGGGGGUAGUUUCCAAGCGUUGGCUUCUUCAACACCUGCUCGUUUUCACCAGACCAACCCCCAACAUCACCACCAACAUCGUCAAGGCCAGCGACAUCACCACCGCUCACAUACAACCUCGGCUCUCACAACAUUUGAACGCCGCACAGGAGGUGGUCUCUCUAUCGCACUCUCAACUCGACCAGACCAAACGAGUCGUGCAUUAUCCCCUUCAGCCUCUCGAGUCGCACCAUUUAUGACUCCACAACCGUACUCGCCAGUGCAGAACCGCCCAUCUGCACGUAUGCUGCCGGUCAGCAAUGGGUCCCACUCAAAUGCAUAUCUCUCCAGCUCGGCGGACGGCGCGAGCUCUGGAUUCCUUGCAACCAGCGGUGGGAGUUUCGGAUCUGGCAGUGGAGGCUACUUUGCACUGCAGCAGCCAGAGAAUGGCAAUGGAAGUCAUCAUAUGCCCCUGCUUUCAGCCUCAGACACGCCUAGCGGGAGUGGACGUACGACCCCCGGGACCGGCGUGUCGAAUGAAGACCGAGACACCUCGGCGCUGGGGUUCACGCGAUUGAUGGCACAUUAUCCUACAAGUGUGAGACAUCGUAGACGGAGUAUUGCUGGUCCUCAUUAG